AGGAAGGAAGUUAGUAGAGAGAGAGAGAGAGAGAGAGAGGGGGACAUUUUUUCCGGAGGAAUGGAGAAAGAAGGGUUUAGCGGAGCUCGACUUCACCAUAUUGCAAAGGGAACGCCUGACGUCAAGCGUCUGGUCGCAUUUUACCAAGAGAUUUUAGGGUUUGAAAGGAUGGAAAACCCUGAUUUUGGAGGCCUGGAGGUAGUUUGGCUAAAAUUAGGGCAAGCACUAUCUCUUCAUCUCAUCAAGAGUGACCCAAACUCAUCCUCUAGCAUUCCUACACAUUGCAUGAAGCCUAUGGAUCUUCCAAGAGCUCACCAUCUCUGUUUCUCCAUUCCCAACUUUGAUUCCUUUAUGGAUACCCUAAAGGAAAGGGGGAUCGAGUUUCACCAUCAGACUCGAGCGGAUGGGAUCAAGCAAGUCUUCUUUUUUGACCCAGAUGGUAACGGCUUGGAAGUGUGUUCGGAGGUGGUUUCUCUUUGAGAGGCAAUUUGUUGGAAGUGGAUAUCUAUGUGAUGGCUGUAGAAUUUGUUUGUUGCAUGUUUUCUUCUGGGGACAAAGAAAAAAAGAAAGAGAAAAGCAGGAAAUUGAGGCUUUUUCCUGCGCAUCUGAUCGCCUACAUUGAACUAUUUGGAUUAUGUAAUUGAUAAUAAAUGCAGGGUGAAGUGAAGUUAUAAUCUACACCAUCUAUCUAAGUUGGGUGUGGACUUGAUACUUGUGUGAAAGGAUAUGCAAGAGUUUCCAUCAUGUGCAUACAGAGGCAAAUGGGAUUGCAGUGAUUUUGCGAAGAAAGGGGUUCCUCUGGAGUCUCUGUUAAUUUCUUCUGUUUUAUUCUGACAAAUGUUUUGUAUUUCCAUUUCAAUAAAUAAAAAGUAAGUACUCUU